UGAUUUGCAAAAAAGAUAAAUAGAAAUUUAUUUUUUGAUUUUCUAUAAAUUUCUGUAAACGUUCCGCUUGAUUCUCACUUGAAAACGACUACUAAAGGUGAAUGGAACAUCACCAUAAUAAUAAUAAAUUUAUUACAAAAACAGAAAAAUAUGUAUAAAAGAAAUUGUGUGUGGCUUUUAUUAGUGCUUUGUGUGUUUAAUUCGCUGACAGGAGAUGUAAACGCCGCAACUAUAUCCCACAUUGCCUUCAUGAAGGAUGCCAGUGCGAAACCAAAGUGUCCUUUAGCUGUACAAUCAGAACCAUUACAAAAACCGCUCGUGCUAUUACGUGUGUCACAACCCUCAUUGGACGAAGCAGACGAUGAAGAAUUAGCAGAGGAAGAAACGAAUAUGGAAGUAAGCGAAGAAGACGAUGAAGAAAUUGAUGACGCGCAUAAACCAAUCGGUUUCAAGCUUGUUGAGCUCAACAAAGCGCAAUUGCAGCAACUUAUUGACAGCGGUAAACUGCAGUUAGUGGAGAAUGCUGGUGCCAGCUCAGUCGGACAGGUGUACAAUGAGGAUGCGGACGAUUGGGUUGCUGACGAUGAACGCUCGAAAAAGCGUCCUUGGCGUAAAAUUCAACGUAUUAUACGACGACAGCUGUUGAAGCAGCCAAAGCGUUAUUUCAAAAAAAUUGCUCAUCAAAUCGGUUGAGCGACGGAGAAUACAUGUGCGUAUUUUGAUGAAGUGUAAGGGGGAACGGAUUUUUGAACUAUUUACAACAAAAUAAAGGACUUUUUUAACUUAUGUAAUUGUUUUUGUUUUCCCUUUUGAAUAUCCUUCAUAUUUAUGUGACACAUGUAUACUCUCUCUGAAAUUAGAAGCCAAAUUUUUU